AUGAGUUCAGCUCACUUGGGAAUGGCGAGCAUCCUCCUCACUCAGACAGGAGCUGGAAUCUUGGGAAACUCUGCUCUGCUUUGUCUCUAUAACUUCGUUCUGUUCACUCGACAUCAGGUGAGAGCCACAGACUUGAUUCUCAACCAGCUGGUCUUAGCCAACUCCACGGUGCUUUUCUCCAGAGGGAUCAUGCAGACAAUGGCAGCUUUCGGAUGGAAGUAUUUCCUGGAUGAUGCUGGAUGUAAAGUUGUCUUCUACCUACACAGGGUGGGCAGAGGGGUUUCCCUCAGCACCACCUGCCUCCUGAGUGUCUUCCAGGCCACUAAACUUUGCUCCAGUUACUCUCAGCUGCACAUCACAACAAGAUCCCCGAAGUCCAUUUGUUUCUGCUGUAGCCUCCUCUGGAUCCUGCAUCUCUUGCUAAAUACAAUCGUUCCUUUGAAGAUGACUCAGUCGCUAAAUAGCAAAAACAUGAGUGUGAUGAGACAAAACUUUGGCUACUGCUCUGCCCACAUUCUAAGCUCAUUUUUAAGUAGACUGCACGGAGUCAUGUUCUUGUCCUUUGAUACACUAAAUCUGAGCCUCAUGGUCUGGGCCAGUGGCUCCAUGGCCCUCGUCCUGCACAGGCACAAGCGGCGCGUGCAGCACCUGCACAGCAGCUGCCUCUCUCCCAGGCCCCGCCGUGAGGCCAGGGCCACACGCACCAUCCUCACCCUGGUGAGCUCUUUUAUCUUGUUCUACUCUCUCUCUUCCAUUUUGACUUUUUGCUUCUCCUUUGUAAAUCCAGGCCAGUGGCUUGUGCCCACCUCCGUGCUUGUGAGUUCAUCUUUCCCAACCUUCAGCUCCUUUGUGCUUCUCGCCACUGACUCCCGAAUCUCCCAGUUCUGCUCUCCCUGCUGGGAAAGGAAAAUGCUAAAUUUUUGCUAA